AUGGCUUCGAGAAUCUCUGAGCACUCUUGUCUGGAUGAAAUUCCCGUAACUGAGUCAAAUUCUCCGGUUGCCAAGAGAGUGUGGCGUAGGUGGGGGGGGGGGGGGGGGGGGGGGGGGGGGGGGGGGGGGGGGGGGGGGGGGGGGGGGGGGGGGGGGGGGGGGGGGGGGGGGGGGGGUGGGGGGGGGGGGGGGGGGGGGGGGGGGGGGGGGGGGGGGGGGGGGGGGGGGGGGGAGGGGGGGGGGGGGGGGGGGGGGGGGGGGGGGGGGGGGGGGGGGGGGGGGGGGGGGGGGGGGGGGGGGGGGGGGGGGGGGGGGGGGGGGGGGGGGGGGGGGGGGGGGGGGGGGGGGGGGGGGGGGGGGGGGGGGGGGGGGGGGGGGGGGGGGGGGGGGGGGGGGGGGGGGGGUGGGGGGGGGGGGGGGGGGGGGGGGGGGGGGGGGGGGGGUGGGGGGGGGGGGGGGGGGGGGGGGGGGGGGGGGGGGGGGGGGGGGGGGGGGGGGGGGGGGGGGGGGGGUGGGGGGGGGGGGGGGGGGGGGGGGGGGGGGUGGGGGGGGGGGGGGGGGGGGGGGGGGGGGGGGGGGGGUGGGGGGGGGGGGGGGGGGGGGGGGGGGGGGGGGGGUGGGGGGGGGGGGGGGGGGGGGGGGGGGGGGGGGGGGGGGGGGGGGGGGGGGGGGGGGGGGGGGGUGGGGGGGGGGGGGGGGGGGGGGGGGGGGGGGGGGGGGGGGGGGGGGGGGGGGGGGGGGGGGGGGGGGGGGGGGGGGGGGGGGGGGGGGGGGGGGGGGGGGGGGGGGGGGGGGGGGGGGGGGGGGGGGGGGGGGGGGGGGGGGGGGGGGGGGGGGGGGGGGGGGGGGGGGGGGGGGGGGGGGGGGGGGGGGGGGGGGGGGGGGGGGGGGGGGGGGGGGGGGGGGGGGGGGGGGGGGGGGGGGGGGGGGGGGGGGGGGGGGGGGGGGGGGGGGGGGGGGGGGGGGGGGGGGGGGGGGGGGGGGGGGGGGGGGGGGGGGGGGGGGGGGGGGGGGGGGGGGGGGGGGGGGGGGGGGGGGGGGGGGGGGUGGGGGGGGGGGGGGGGGGGGGGGGGGGGGGGGGGGGGGGGGGGGGGGGGGGGGGGGGGGGGGGGGGGGGGGGGGGGGGGGGGGGGGGGGGGGGGGGGGGGGGGGGGGGGGGGGGGGGGGGGGGGGGGGGGGGGGGGGGGGGGGGGGGGGGGGGGGGGGGGGGGGGGGGGGGGGGGUGGGGGGGGGGGGGGGGGGGGGGGGGGGGGGGGGGGGGGGGGGGGGGGGGGGGGGGGGGGGGGGGGGGGGGGGGGGGGGGGGGGGGGGGGGGGGGGGGGGGGGGGGGGGGGGGGGGGGGGGGGGGGGGGGGGGGGGGGGGGGGGGGGGGGGGGGGGGGGGGGGGGGGGGGGGUGGGGGGGGGGGGGGGGGGGGGGGGGGGGGGGGGGUGGGGGGGGGGGGGGGGGGGGGGGGGGGGGGGGGGGGGGGGGGGGGGGGGGGGGGGGGGGGGGGGGGGGGGGGGGGGGGGGGGGGGGGGGGGGGGGGGGGGGGGGGGGGGGGGGGGGGGGGGGGGGGGGGGGGGGGGGGGGGGGGGGGGGGUGGGGGGGGGGGGGGGGGGGGGGGGGGGGUGGGGGGGGGGGGGGGGGGGGGGGGGGGGGGGGGGGGGGGGGGUGGGGGGGGGGGGGGGGGGGGGGGGGGGGGGGGGGGGGGGGGGGGGGGGAGGGGGGGGGGGGGGGGGGGGGGGGGGGGGGGGGGGGGGGGGGGGGGGGGGGGGGGGGGGGGGGGGGGGGGGGGGGGGGGGGGGGGGGGGGGGGGGGGGGGGGGGGGGGGGGGGGGGGGGGGGGGGGGGGGGGGGGGGGGGGGGGGGGGGGGGGGGGGGGGGGGGGGGGGGGGGGGGGGGGGGGGGGGUAG